UAUCGCGUAUUAGAUACCUAGUUGCAGUACAUGGAGCGUCAUGAAGAUAUGCAGCAGGCACCCGGGAGCUUCCGGCAACUGGUAGCCGUAUCUCGUGCACAGCAAAGUGUGCCAACAGAUACAAAUACACGAACUUGUACCGACCAGAUAAUAUUCAAUGAGGUGUGCCACUACUGUAUAGUAGGAGUCCCAGUAUUAGGACGAUUGACAUUAACCAGUGAAUCGCUAACAUUCGAACCUGAUGCAAGAGAUGCUACUGUUAAAGAACGAGGAUGCAGCUACUACCAAGUACAUAUUGACCUCACAAGCAUAGCGGAAUGUGGACUUAUAGGAGUAUCGUCAGACGACCUGAGUUCAUAUGAUGGCGGGAAUAUGCAUUGCAACGGCCUGUUGCAAAUACUCCUAAAAUCACGUACUAAAGAAUGUUCAGGAGCACAAGCUACGGAUAGCAGUACUGCAGUCACCGAGGAAAUUGCUCCAAACGAUAAAGAAAAGGAACGCAAGAAUAUGAGCUAUGUUAUGCAGGGUAUUUCCAAACUAUCGUACGUGGCAAACAUGGCAGGAUUCUCCAUGACACCACGAUUACCACCGGAAAAACCAGUGCAACAAGCAUUCCCAACAAAAGUAUUUGUAGUAUUCGCAUUCUUCCAAAAGGAAGUUGCACAUAAAUGUACAUUAGCACUCAUGGAAGCCAUAGAUGCAGCACGAUUCCGAGAGAUCCAGCAUCCAACCAGGCAUAGGAUAUCUAGCGUGCCGUUUGCCUCAAACGCACUGCUAGAGAUGCUGACGCAAAGUUAUAGAGGCGAUGAACAGGAAUCCACACAAAUACGCAGACGAAGGUCACAUGAAACUAGUACCAAAAAAAGUAAUAAAAAAGAAACUGCAUCAGAUCAUGCAAUCGGUAUAGCAAAAUGUGAAAGUGAGUUGCGAGAGCGCGUUGAACGCGCUUCAAGGAUACUCAAGGCUGAUAUGGUAAGCCAACUAGUAGAUAACCUGCCACCAACACUGGCCAUACGAGACUGGGAACUAACUUUCAAAACAUCGCAUGACGGAGUGUCGUUCAGUACACUAUAUAAAAAGUUGGAAAACCACGAUGAUUGCCUGAUGGUCAUCAAAGAUGACCGAGGUGGAGUCUUCGGCGCAUUCACAGGACAUAUUGGAAUAUCAUACAAGUUCUAUGGAACCGCCCAUACAUUCGUAUUCAAGUUUGUUGAUGGGAGACUCAAGGUAUACAGGUCCAAAGGAAACAAUAAGUGCUAUGUAUACUCUAACGAAAAUGCAAUCGUCAUCGGUGGAGGUGCUAAUUCAGCACUGUCCUUGCACGAAGCAUUCCAAAGCGGUACUACCGCCACUUGCGAAACUUUCGGAAACGAGCCGCUGUCGGAGUCGUUCGUAUUCAACGUAGACGAGAUGGAAGUGUGGACCUUCGGGAACUACCUCGUGUAAUCUAGGUCCCUACCUAGCCAGUGCCACGUUAUCCUAACAAGAAAUAGAACUCUUGGUUAG